GUCUGCGCCUGGCGCGAGUGACGACGUAGAGGUCCCUAUGCCGGAAGUCUUGUUGUGCUGACUUGGUGGGUUUUCUGCCUGCCUGGCGUUGGGACUCGCCUAAAAGCCGCCAUGGCGCCAAAGGGAAAGGUGGGAACCAAAGGUAAAAAGCAGAUAUUUGAAGAAAACAAAAAUACCCUCAAGUUCUAUCAGCGGAUCAUCUUGGGAGCUAAUGCCAUUUAUGGAAUUAUAAACGUUGUGGUCUUCUACGCAACAGCCACUGCCUGGACCUGGGUUGCCUUGGUGUUCAGCUUGAUGAUCUAUGGGGCCAGUUACCGCUCCAUGAGUUCCAUGGCAAAGCCUUCUUUCGCUGACGACGGCAGCCUUGCAGAUGGUGGAAUUGACCUGAAUAUGGAGCAGGGGAUGGCAGAGCACCUGAAGGAUGUGAUCUUACUUACAGCCAUUAUCCAAGUGCUCAGCUGUUUUUCUCUCUACGUGUGGUACUUCUGGCUCUUGGCUCCAGGUCGAGCACUUUAUCUCCUCUGGGUUAACAUUCUGGGUCCUUGGCUCACUGCAGACUCUUCAGCUACCAACCAGGAGCCCAACGAAAAGAAACAGCGUCGGCAGGAACGCCGACAGAUGAAGCGUUUCUAGCUUUGCUCAUGGGAAUAGAUGUCAUGCCACCACUUGUCUCCAUGUGGCUGUUUAUCAGGGAUGUUAUUUUUUUUAACCAAUCAGAAAACAUCAGAGGGUUCUUCUCUCUCCUGACCCCUCCCCUUCUGUGAUGGUAUUUCACUUAAGGUGGGGCAGGGAAAACUGUUUCCCCCUGAGUUGUUGCUGGACUCCAGCUCCCUUCUUCCUUGAUCAUUGGCCAUGCUGCCCAGGGUUGAUGGGAAUUGGAGUUUAACAACAACUGGAGGACCACAGGUUGCCCAUCCCUGCUACAAGGUUAAAUUGUUUCAGGGGCAGCGUCACCAGGCAGAUACUUGGCCUUCAUCUGUCUUGUGGCAAAUGGCAGCAGGGCAGGGGGGGGACCUCAGGUAUUGGAGGCAUGUAAAUAUAUUAAGUGAUGCUGUAAUAUGAAUCUAAGGAUGGAGGCACUGCAGAGUUUUAAGAAAUGGUACAUUAAAAAAAAUCCUAUAGAGUCUA